AAAUGGCGGACGAAGUGGGAGAUUUGAUUGUUAAGUUUUCGAAAGAUGAAUACAAAAUAACAGGGCUGUCUGGAGGAGAUACCGUUAAAGACUUGAAAGAAGCGAUAUACAGUAAGACUUCUGUCCAGCCUAAUCGUCAGAAAUUGCUCGGACUAAAAAUUAAACCCAGUGAGCUUACAGAUGAGACACCACUUUCGGCAUUAAAGUUACGUCCCAAUAUGAAACUCAUUCUUAUGGGAACUAAAGAGGACCAAAUUGAAAAAGUAAGUGAGGCCCCAGCAGAUCUGCCUGAAGUUAUCAAUGACUUUGAUAUAGAAGAGGAAGAAAUAGCUAUAGAAAAUAGGGAAGAAUUUCUGAGUAAAAUUGAGCGUCGAAUCAAGACAUAUCAAAUUAACACGUUGAAUGAGUGUCGACCUGGGAAAAAGUUACUUGUUUUAGACAUUGAUUACACCUUGUUUGAUCAUCGCUCUACAGCAGAGCAAGCAAAUGAGUUGAUGCGUCCGUACUUACAUGAAUUCCUCACUGAGGCCUACAAGAGCUAUGACAUUGUUAUCUGGUCCGCCACUGGUAUGAAGUGGAUUGAGACCAAGCUGAAUCUCCUUGGUGUGUCGACACAUCAAGAGUACAAGAUUUGUUUCUACCUGGAUGCAGAUGCCAUGAUUUCAGUACACACACCCAAGUAUGGUGUUAUUGAGGUGAAGCCACUAGGUGUCAUAUGGGGCAAGUACCCACAGUGGAGUGAGAAAAACACUAUCAUGUUUGAUGAUGUGAGGAGAAAUUUUAUUAUGAACCCACAGUCUGGUUUGAGGAUCAAAGCAUUCCGAGAUUCAAGGGUUAAUCGCAGCACUGACACAGAGCUGAUAAAGCUGUCAGAAUAUCUGAAUUGUAUAGCAGACUUAGAGGACUUCACUGUUCUAGAUCACAGAAACUGGAGAGAGUACAGGAAAAAACCAGCCCAUAAAAGAUCAAACCGCCACACAGAGACUGACAAUAGACAGUAGUUGAAUUUGCUCUCAGGUUAUCUUUCACUGAGCGCAGGCUGUCUGGUGCUUGAAUUUACAGGAAAGGUUUGUUUACGUGAUAUUAGGAUUUGCUAAGAUGACCUAUGGGAGAUGGAUGUGCUAGGCAAAAAUGUUAGGAUCAAACUAUCUAAGUGUGUGUUAAAAGAAUACAGACUCAACUAUUUCUUGGGUAUGCUAAAUGUUGGCUAAAAUUUUAGGAUCAAACUAUCUAAGUGUGUGUUAAUAGAAUACAGAUGCAACAAUUUCUUGGGUAUGCUAAAUGUUGGGCUUGAAUGUUAGGAUCAAGCUAUCUAAGUGUGUGUUAAAAUAAUGGGUAUUCUUAAUGUUGGCUAGAAUGUUUGGAUCUAGCUAAGUGUGUGUUUAAAGAAUAUAGACGCAACACUUUCUUGAUAUGCUAAAUGUUGGGCUAAAAUGUUAGGAUCAAGCUUUCUUAGUAUGUGUUUAAAGAAUAUAGGCGCAACUACUUUGCUAAAUGUUGGGCUAGAAUGGUUGGUUCAAACUAUCUAAGUGUGUGUUAAAAGAAUAUAGGCGCAACUACAACUUGAGUAUGCCAAAUAUUGGGUUAAAAUGUUAGGAUCAAGCAUCAGCUAGCAAUAUUUUUGUUGGCCUGUACUAUUUUUUUAUACUGAUGUCUGAAAUGUUUAACAUAAUAUUUUAUUCAUACUAGGUGUCUGUGUUGAUCAAUAUUUAAAAAUAAUAAAUUGGAAAAAAAACUUCUGUCAUGCAUAAUAAUUUAAAUUAAACUAAAUGAUACAAAUGUUAAAAACUAUUCAUGUACCAUUUUCAAGUAUCCAACUUUUCGGCUGUAUCAAGUACAGUUGAAGACUAACAUUUGCAUAAAAACAAAAACUGAGAUGUUGAUAGCUCCUUCAGGUAUAGUGUAGAAAACAUUUUUUCUUGCUGUAAGACUUCAGUUUUUUAAACUCUUUAUCCCUUUGCCAUCUUGUGGUCCACUGUUCUUUAGCUCAGUUCACCAUGUCGGAUACUGAGCAUUUCUUUAUUGAGUAAACUUACAUUUUAGGAAUAUCUAUGCAAGAAUGAAUGUGCUAAUGUGUUGACUAGAGUUCUAGUCUUACUCAUUGUGAUUAAAUGUACAUGUUUCACUGUAAAUAUUUUUUUCAGUAACUUUCUGAAUAUGUUUUCAAGAAAUAUUCCCCAUACUGUGUAAUUGAUCAACAUGCUAAUUAACAUUAUUAUAUACAAGAGCUGAAGCUAGCAGUUCAAUUCUUCAAAUGUUUUUGUUGAGAUGGUAAUUGUGCUUGAGAUUAUCACUGCACCUGUGAUAGUCUCAUUCACAAAUAGCCAGUGUGUGUGUUUGCUGAUACAAGAUGUAUAACAUUAUAAAAUAAAAGGUUUUUAAUUUUGUAUGUUUAAUUUUGUAUGGAAAAGGGGGAGGGGGAGUAGAAGUUGCCUGAAUCAACAAGACAUUAAGAAGCUGUAUUGUAGGAUGGUUUAUCUCUUUGUGAACUAAUACUUGAUGUGUUGGUUUCACACAUAGCUUCAGUACUGCAUCAUUUUGUUUAGAUACACAGGACCAUGGCCUGUGUUUAAUGGAUGUUGUUGCUUGUGUCUGUUGGCCAGUGGUGAAUGAACAAUUUUUUUUAGAUACACAGGACCAUGGCCUGUGUUUAAUGGAUGUUGUUGCUUGUGUAGUUGGCCAGUGGUGAAUGAACAAUUUUUUUUAGAUACACAGUACCAUGGCCUGUGUUUAAUGGAUGUUGUUGCUUGUGUCUGUUGGCCAGUGGUGAAUGAACAAUUUUUUUUAGAUACACAGGACCAUAGCCUGUGUUUAAUGGAUGUUGUUGCUUGUGUCUGUUGGCCAGUGGUGAAAGAACACAGCUUGCCUGUUUGCAUUGUUCUGUGUCAUUAGUCAAGUGACAUAAUAUAGUUUCGAUGUCUUGCUUAGUGCGCGAAUGUACAAGAUUGUUUACAUGUUUUGCUUAGAGUGAAUGCACACGAUUUUUUUUUACCUAUUUUGCUUAGUGUGAAUGUAUAAGAUAGUAUAUUAGAUGUGGAUGAGUGGCUGACCAAUUGUUCUAGUGUUUUGCUGUGUGUUUGUGGAGAUAUUAUAUCAUCUAUGCACUGCUGAAUUGCUAGAAACAAAUUUCAUUUCACAUUGAUAUUAAACUUGUUUUUUUUUCUCUUUGUACUGAUUAUAAAAGUAAUUGCAUUUUUACUGUUUAAUUAUAACCAGCUUAUAAUUGCCCUGGCUUAAUAACUAGGUGAGAAGUACAAUAAACAGGCAGUUAAACUUA